UGGAAAUAUCUUGCGAGAUAAAAAUACUUCUUAUAUUUCAGAUUUUGGAUUUACAGGACCAGCAGAUAAGCAAAAAUCAGAUGAUCGAAUAUAUGGAGUAUUACCAUAUAUUGCUCCAGAAAUCUUGAAUAGAGAACCAUACACUUUUGCUUCUGAUAUCUACAGUUUUGGCGUAAUUAUGGCUGAAUCUUCAUCUGGAAAUCCUCCCUUUUAUGAUAGGAAUCAUGAUUAUAAAUUAUCUUUAGAUGUUUGUAAUGGACUUCGUCCAGAAUUUGGAAAAGGAACUCCUGAAUUGUAUAAGAAAUUAGCUUAUAGGUGUAUGAAUGCAAAUCCAAAUCAAAGACCAACGAGCUGUGAAUUAGAUGAUACAUUGAAUUUUUGGAAUAAAUCUAUUAAUUGGGUGCAAGAAAUCGAAAUUGUAAGGUGA